CAACAAUACUCGCUCCUGGGACAUCCCACUUGAGAUGAGACUGAGCGUUGAUAGGAAGAAGUGGACCAAACACCCGGACGGGAAGUUCAUCGGCGGUGGGACUCAUCUGCUUGAGAUGCCCGCGUUCGCUCAGUACGUCCGCAUCCUGCUCCUGGAGAAUCGUCCAGAAUUUGGGCUCCGCUUCGACAUCUUGGGAUGCGCACAUGAAGAUGAGACAACCUGCGCCAGAAAGUUCAACAGCGUCCGCUUCACCGAUUCGAUGACGUUCUACUGUCCCCCGGGCUGUGACAAAGAGGAACACUUUGUCUUUGGAUUGAUGGUCUACUCCGCGGACUCGCACAUCUGCGCGGCCGCCAUUCACGCUGGAGUCAUUCAGAACAACAUCGGAGGAGAUUGUAUUGUGAUGAGAGCUCCCAAACAGCAAGUCUACACGGGCUCCACCGGGAACGGGAUCACCUCCAGAGAUUUGAACGACCCACUGGGUGUGUCUCACACGUUUGCGGACGGGGAGCCCAGAUGCGCGGCGCCUGACUGGGAGGAGUUUGCCGGGUUCUGCUACAAAACGUUUGACGAGGAAAAGAACUGGGCGGAUGCUCAACAGGUCUGUCGUGGUUUCGGUGCCGAACUGGUGUCCAUCCGCACCGAGAUGGAGCAGGCGUCAGUGAAAAAUGUCUCCAACCUUGAAACCAGCGACAUGUGGACCGGACUGAACGACCUGGCGCUUCCCGGCACGUUGGUGUGGUCGGACCGCCACGAGGUGACCUUCACCCACUGGGCCGCGGGAGAACCCAUCCAGCGCGUCGGCCUCGACAAACACUGCGUGGCUGUGUUACGGCAGACUGGAAGAUGGACGCUAAUGUCUUGCGCCCAAGUCAACAGCUUCAUGUGCAAAAUGCCCACAGCGCAUUUUCCAAUUGCUGUGUCAGUUCCCAACGGCCCAAGAGCCCAUGGAGAAAAUUGACAAUGCAAGCAAGUCAUCAUCGAAGACGGAGAAUUUAAUGCCCUUCUGAC